AUGGUAGUUUUGAUCCAGAAUAAAAGAGAAUAACUCAAUGGUAAAAUCGAUCGAUCAAUUAUACUCGAAAUACACGGCAAUAGUCACUUGAUAUGCAUUGAAUAGAAGGGAUCCUCAUCAUUUAUUGAAAGUGUUUGCAGUUCAACUACAACUCUUAGAGGUAAGCACGAAGAAAGGAGCAAAAGCAACUAUACGGAGAAACAAGAUGGCAGUCAGAGUUUGAGAAUUCAACAAUUAGAAAAAUAAUUGGAGGAAAAAGAUAGAUUAAUCUAGUAAAUGAAAGCAGAUUACCAAUCCAAAUUAUAGUAGAUGCAACAGAAAUAAAAGGAAAUGGAGGGGAAAUUGUAAAGUAAGGAUUAAGAAAUCGCAAGAUUGACUAAUGAAUUGCAUCGAUUACAAGAGGAUCAUUAGAACAAGAAUUCGGAUUCAGAAAUACUGUAAUGUCAUGUACAAGAGGAUGGAAGUGAUGAGGAGGAGGAUGUCAAAGUCUUGAAGAAAUAGACUUCAUUGCCUUAUUAGUAGCCAAAUCUGACUUAUCAUCACUCUUCUCAUUCUCAGUUACAUAAUUAUUAAAAUCAGUAGUAAGUGAAGAGUCCAGUCAAAGCGAUAAUCCAAGAAAAUAAAUUUGAGGAUAAUCCACAAAGAAACAAAUUUUGUAAGACUGAUCACGAUAGGGAGGCUAAGUAUUAAUCUUUUGAAAAGUUGAAGAAGAAGGAAGUUCUAAAUGAGAGACCUCAAAGUUCCAUUAGGGAGAAGACGAAUAACAACAAUGAGAAGGCAAAUCUUUCUACGAUUAAAUUAAGAUUAACAGAUUUACAGAAAAAUAAAGAGUAACUUGAAUAGAGAAUGAGAUAGUUUGAGGAUCGUCUUAGAGAAAAUAAACUAUAUACAAAGUGA